AUGGUUGCGAUUGCGAGUGGCGGAUCUGUGCUGUCAUCGUCGGCGUCGGCGUCGUCGUCGGACGAGUCAGAGGAGAUGGUUUCAGGGAGCGAUGUGGAGGUGUACUUUGAUCCGGGACUGCUCCCAGACGAGAUGGUAUCGACACCUGGCUUUCGACGUGAUGACGUGUUGUCCACUGAAGUCUCGUCAUCGUCGAUUCUCUCGCCGUCACCGCAGCCGCUGUCGUCGUCGCCAGCCGAGGUCGAGGCCGAGGCCGAGGCAUCUUCGGACAUCGAGGACUCGGAUAGUGGGGCGGAGCCAAGAUUUGCUGCUGUUCGCCUCGCCUCGGUCUUUAACAGCGUAGCUGCCAAAGAACAAGAGGUGGCUGCUGCACUGGCUGCUGCUGAGGCCGCUGAGGCCAAGCGGCGUGCGGCAGCGGCUGCAGCAGCAGCAGCGGCGGCCGAGGCAGCUUUGGCGGCUGAGCGAGUCAAGCGCGAGGCCGAGGCAGCAGCGGCAGCAGCAGCGGCAGCGGAUCGGCUCCGCGAGGCUGCGGCGCAGCACGCGCAGCGCGAGGCCGAGCGCGAGCGGCGGGCGGUAGAGCGUGCACGGGCAAGUGUGGCGCAGCGCGAGGUUGAUGCCGCACAGGCGAAGCGUGCAAAGCAUGCGGCGCGGCGGAGUGUGCCAGUCGACACCAAGGCGCACCGCCGGGCGGCGGCGGCGCGGAUGUCGGGCGCGCGGCAUCAGUGGCGACAGAGGAGCCGGCAAUCAGGCAGAAGAGGAGCGGCGGCGGCGGCAGCAGCAGCGGCGGCAGCCGCAGCGGCGCGACAGCGCAGGGCACGGCACCAGGCAGGCGGGCCUCGGGCAGAGGAGGUUGGCGCAAACGAGCCUGAUGACGGAUGUCGAGCGGCCGGGACAAUGGCGAUCUCGCGGAUGAUGCGAGUCCGGGUGGAGCAGCACCACGAGUCGUGGAAGGCGUUUGUUGGGUCUGUCCGUGGCGCGGCGGCGAGCGCUCGGUCGGGAUGGGUCCGGAUGGGCGACAUCCCGUGGCCGCCGCUGGUCGGACCACCAGGGACUGGGCUGGAGGCAUCGAUGGUGGUCAUGCUGCGUGUGGACGGGUCCGGAGCGUACAAGGAGCUCUCGCGGCGGUGGCAUCCGGAUAAGUUUGCGCAGGUGAUCGGGCGGACGCUGGCCGACGAGACGCGCGACGCUGUGCUCGACCGCGUCAAGGGCGUGUUCCAGGCACUGGGCCGGGCGCGCGAGGCGGUCGAGAGCUAGAGGAGGUUGAUUGUGUGGUGGUAAAGGAGUUGAGGAGGU